UUGGCACGCAGUUUCGAGCCUAUUUCGACUAUCCAGGAUACCAUUAUGGCUCAAAACCAACGUGCAUCUGACAUUAUCCACAAUUCCAACAUAAGCUUCCGCACUCAAAGAAAACUUAAUUUUCAUAACCCAGAACCACCAGCUGAUGAGGUAUUGUUAGUAAAUGAAAAUAAAGAAGCAGAGCCCCCACCUCCAGUUAUAACCGAAAUGAAAAAUGUAGAGCCAAAUGAUUACGUUUUCGAUAAGAAAAAUGAUAGCUAUACUUUGUUCAACAACGACAAAGUUACUUGUCCAGAGCAGUCUGGUAGUCAAUUAAGAACCGAGGAUGAAGACACACCAGCACAAACAACAUAUACUGCAGAAAUUGAGAUAACGUCAUUACUUAAAACUCCGAUUUAUUGUGACGUGAUAGAACUUUUGCCUUCUCCCAUCUAUAGUGCAGUAUUGCAGUCACAACUUAUGUCACAAUUAAAACAAAAAUGUUAA